UAAUCAAUAUCCCGUCCCGUGCCUUGUGAAGUAAGUAAAUAGGGGACGCAAGGCAUGAUCUUAGCCUUGCAAAACAUCAUGACACACGCGCACUCCACGCGGAUUAAUCGUGGGACAAUUGAUUACGACGGCUCCAAAUCCAAUUCUUACUGUUUUGGAUUUAUCUAUGUAUAUAAUACAUAAAAUAUCUCCCAAAUAUUUUUAAUUAUAAUUUCCAUAACUUCGAUUGACAUACACCAAAAAAUUUAAGUGCAAGCAUUCGCCUGUGCGCCUAGGGGUGUAAGUUUGACUCUUAAAACCCACUGACCCGCCCCGAUCCUCAGGGUCGGGCUGGGUCAGUUUGUCUACGGUUCAAUUUAGGGUCGGGUCAGGGUCAGAUAGGGUCGGGUCAAUUUAGGUUCGGGUCAGGGUCAGAUAGGGUCGGGUCAAUUUAGGUUCGGGUCACUUUUUGACCCUUUGACCCUCAGCAUCAUACAAACAUGUUGGACCUAUUUGUAAAAUUUUAUAAGUUUAGGUACUAAAUUGUAAAAAUUAAAAAAUUUGGGUACCAAAACGUAAUUUUAUCAUCAAACUCUAAAGGGUCAGACAGGGUCAUGAAAGAAACAGAGUCGGGGCGGGUCAGUUAUACAACUUGACCCUUCAGGGGCGGGUCAGACAGGGUCAGGAGCGGGUCGGGCCAAUUUUCAGCCCUAGUGUCGCCACGCAUUUUACUCACCUAGUACGUGUCAUGUUCCUCCCUUUUGUCAAUAUCCGUAAACUUGGUCCUAACCAUUAGGAGAUGACACAACAUAUGGAGAUUAUGCAUCAAAAUCUUUGGGGGUUCAUAUCUCCAUGACUGCGACACAGUAAUUACUAUUAAUUAACAACAACUUCUCGAUGGAUCAUAUAACUAACUACAAUCAGUCAUACGUGCAUGGGGGAUGAUGUCACACCUGUCCAGAUGUUGCCCUAAUCUAAUUUCUCAACCUAGGUCUAGCUACGUCCAUUUGUUUGAAUCCGACAUAUAGUAGCCCACCUGUGAUCUUAAACUUUACAAUAUGAAAAUAUUAUAAGAUAAUGUUAAUUAUAGUACUCCACUCCGAUGAAGGAUAUCUCGUGAGGAGAUUCACACAUACAUGUAGAUGUUGUUGUAUUUUUCUACACGUGUAUGUACUUCGAACAUAAUCCAAACACUUAUACGGUUGAACACACACGAUAGAUUUUGAUGAAGAUUUAUUUUAUUUAUUGAAUAACAAGGAUUCAAAUCGUGCUAGGCAAGAAGCGACAGCCUUUACUGUUUGGGUUUAAAAAAAAUCAAGAGAUCAAAUCAUAAACAGAAAGGAAAUGGGAAAUAGCUAGCUAAGAAAUUACAAUCGUUGAUUAUGAUAAGGAUACGAUUAUGAAAGGCUUUGACAACGAAGCAGAAAUGACACCACUUCCCCACUAGUACUCAACACUCCAACUUGAUCAUCGACCAAUGUUAUUAUUGCUUUUCCAAUGGUGAUCCCAUUUUAGACUAACUGCCUGCCCUAUUACUGUUAUAUAUAUAUAUAUAUAUAUAUUUUUAAAGAUGGGGAAUUAGUUGACAACUAAGAAUAGACAGCCUAUCUACUGAAUCUGCGCUGUAAAACGGAAUCAUAGUUGGUUCUUUGUCUCCCUGGAACCUUUCUUUUGCUCUCUUGUCCUCGUAACACUUUGGAACGGAUUUGAUUAAAGCAGACAUCUUUUGUUCAAAUAUUAAAGGAUUAAAAGUUAGGUGCAUAUCAGAAUACAGGUGGAUAUAGAAAGAGGACACUACAUUGCAUACCAAUGCAUGGAUAAAGAUUCGUUAAGCAUACUACCAAAAACUUUAUAGUCCAUUUUAUUCUUUAAUGAAAGUAGCCUUUUGUCUCUUAGAAUGCUGAUAAUCCUUGUAUUGCUUUUAUUGUGGCUUUAGGUUUAUACAUGUCUCUUAUCCAUCUAUUAAAGAAAAUGAUCAUCCGAAAAAAUUAGUUGCAAGAAACGAAAGCUUGCUAAAAUGUUCAGUUGAGUACCAUACAAAAUCGCACUGACUCGCAUGCUAAAAGUUGGAUUUUAUAGUGAUUUGUUAAUAGUAUUGCGAUAUUAAAACAAUGGAAUUGAUAUGCACGGUUUGUUUUUAUUUGGGUUGGGCAAAAUUUGUUGUCAAAGGAAAAAAAAAAUGUUGGGCAAACUUGUCAAGAAAGGAAUCUGGGCUUGGGCCGACUAGAGAACUGAGAUACGAAGAUGUUGAUAUCGGGCUUCGAUCAGGAAUGCUACACACGAAAGUUGAGGCCCGUUUAGUUAGGGUGGGCCCAAAUGCUAGUUCGCGGCGGGGAGAUUGAAGGCGGAGGCCGAGACGAACUUCUGUCUUCACAUUCACCGUGAAAUCGGCGGUUAGAGAAAGGAAAUUCGUAGCGUCGAGCCUUGAACCGGGAAAAGGAGAAGACAGCCGUUGACGCCUUUCUUUCACUAUCGUAGUCUGUGAUCAGUAAUCGGUUGUUGAGAAAUCAAAGGAAGCAGAAAGUGACAGUUCUUUGAAGGACGGUUGUUUGUCAAGCUUGCUCCGGGUGCCGCAGCCUGGUAGUAAACUUGAAACUGUUCGUCCUCCGUCCUGGCUUUGUUCGCAAGCUUCUGCCUUUAGAGAAGUCCGUCAAGCAAGCAAGCAACAGCAGGUUGGUUCUAAAGCUUAAAUCGGCAUCAAUAAUUUGACUCUCUGCUUAAUUUCUAAGAUGCGUACUAGGUGUUCGAUGAAAAGCUUCUAUGAGCCGUCGUUAAUUAGUUAUAAUUGUUUCUGUUUGACGUAGAGGGUUUAACUUUGAGGAGGAGCAAUGGCUGCUACGAAGACCCGGACAAGCAGUUUCUCUCGCAACCUGCCGGCUGCAUCUUCUGCCCAAAGCCCUGAAAUCAAGUGCGGUCCUAAUGGCACAUUUUUGGUCUCCUCUGGAAUUCCUGACCUCGACAAGACCCUAGGUGGUGGGAUUCCUUUGGGGAGUUUGGUCAUGGUGAUGGAAGAUUCAGAAGCACCUCAUCACAUGCUCUUACUGAGGAACUUCAUGUCUCAGGGACUUGUCCAAAAGCAGCCUCUUCUUUACGCUAGUCCAUCCAAAGACCCAAGAGGGUUUUUGGGUACUUUGCCCAGUCCUUCGUCCCCCAAAGAUGAUAAAUCCCGCAGUCAUGAUGCAGAACAGGAGAAGGGUUUGAGAAUUGCUUGGCAAUACAAGAAGUACUUUGGUGAAAAUCAGUCAAACCUUGAUGGUCAAAGAGAUAACAAACAAGAAUUCUCGAAUGAGUUUGACUUGCGGAGGCCAUUGGAUAGACAUUUUUACACAGGGCAGCAUGUAGACUGUAUUAGCACCAAAGAUCUACCAAAUAUUGCUGCUCUUCAGGAGCGAUGCACUUCAUUUUUGUCACAGUUUCCCAGAAAUGAUGCGAGCAUUGCUUGCACGGGUCGUAUUGCCAUUCAAUCGUUAUGUGCACCCCAAUGUGAAAGUUCCAACAUGGAAUGGGAGAUGCUUUCCUUUAUCAGAUCAUUGAAGAGCACUGUGCGGUCUGCAAAUGCAGUUGCUAUAAUUACAUUCCCUUCUUCCCUUGUAUCGCCUUCCUUCUGUAAAAGGUGGCAGCACCUGGCAGACUGCCUGGUGUCAGUUAAAGCAAUCCCAGACGAAGACAAAGAAUUGGCCAAACUCCUCACGGGCUACCAGGAGAUCGUUGGCUUUCUUAACAUACACAGAGUGCCACGCAUCAACACUCAAGUUCCUGCAGUUCUGGAGGCAACUACGUUGUCGAUAAAGCUGCAAAAACGCCGGUAUUUGGUUUUGGAAUGCUUGAAUCAAGCCCCGGUUGAUGGUUCCAGUGGGAGCUCGUAUGGCACGUCUGGAAGCUGUUCUGGUUCCUCCUCCAAGUCCGGCUCUCUCGACUUUUAGAACAAGGCACUCAGGCGCUAUUGAGACUGUAAAUUAAGCCCACACAUUAAGGCAAUGGUUCUUGGCAUAGAAACGUGUUCAGAAAUUAAAGUAUGGAAUAGAGUUUGGUUGCAAACAACUAUGUGCCCAAUGCCCAAAAUCUAUAUCGAACAUCUACAAUAACAUGACGAUAAUUACAGGGAAAUAUAGCUUAUAUACAGAGGCAAAUUGUCUGUAGUGAGCUAAGCUAGCCCGGACGUCCAUCCUUCCUCCAAAUCCAACUCCGAUGAAAUCAACUCAUCAAUAUCCUCUGCAUCAUUUUCAUCAGUUUCCAUUGCUAUAUAUUGAUAAAACGAUGUCUCAUCAUGAUCACCGAAAUCGACUAGCAGCGCCAUGUGGCGAGGCGUGGAGUGGUGUUCGACACCAUCCCCACCUGGCUCGUCGUGCUGGAAACAAUCCACGACGGUUGCUGGAAUGGCGGAGUGAAGGAAGAGGAAGGCUACUAGCAGUAGUGAAAACUUCGCCGCCAUGUUUACAGAUCGAAAUUGCGGCGUAAGUGGGAUGGUUUCGAUGAGGCUGUGAGUGCUGCCAACUUAUAGUAGAGGUUGGGGUCGACAUCAGUUUGGCCAGAGCUUGGUAGCUUCAUUGGAGGAGCACUGAUAAUUGCUUCAGAGGCCUGGCUUCCUGGUUUGAUCAGCUACUAGGACGACUACAUCUAUCUAUUGCAAUUAUAAAUGAAAUUAUAUGAGUAGUACACUAUCCAAGUAAUAAUUCUGGUCUAUAUUAGCUAGGUUCCUAUCUAAUUGUUUCAUUCUAAUAUGGAAAGGAAUCCCCCCUCCAACAAAAACAAAAUGAAAAACUAUAAUUCAAUUGUAUAUUUAAGACUCCUUACCUAUCACAUGGCUAUCAUAGUUGGCUAGUUGGUUUGUGUUGUCGAACAAAACUGGUCAUUUGUAUUUAAAUUAACAAGUUAGAAACUUAUGAUUGAGAUAACCACAAAACUGGUUAUUACGUUAAUUUCCCGUCAUUACGAAGUGAACAUUUUAUUAGUUAGUGUAGUGCGGGUUGCUAACUUGUAAAAUGCACAUUUAAGUGGUUGUUUUUAUUGAUGAUCCCUAUCGUAAGUGAUCAUUUGUGUCACUAAUUCUGUAUUUUUCUUAUGCAAACGAUGACAACAUCUAGUUUUUGUAUUUCUCAAAGUCUCAUUGUUUGGGAAUUUACAUAAUGUAGAUUUUUCUUUCUAUUGACGAAGACAAGAAAUUGGCAGAACUCCUCACAGGACACCAACAUAUCGUCGAUUGACUUUCGUAACAUAUACACAAGUGCCACUCAUCAGUACUCAGGAAAUGAUACUAUGGCUCUUCCUUCAAUUGCUUCUGUUGACUGACAUACUUUUAUGAAUUGAGAAACCAAGUAACUAUCGCUACUUUUUGAGUUGUGAUUAAGUUCACACGAUUCUGAUCGCAUCAACUUUAUCGAUGAAGCUUGGAAAAUGCCGAUACUUGAUUUGAGAAUGUUUGAAUCAAGCCAUGGUUAAUGGUUUCGGUGGGGGCUCGUAUCGUAUGGCACGUCGCGAGGUUGUUUUGAUUCCUUUUCCGAGUCUAGCUCACUUUACUUUUAGAACAAGGCACUCUUUCAUUAUUAAUGCGAAGGCAGUAAACUGAACCCACAUUAGAGUGACGGGUCCGACAAAUCAAUGCAUAGAGAUUUC